AUGUUUUUUAAUGAGACGAAUUCUAAUAAAGUGAACACUAUUACUUUAGAUAAUAAUGUGUAUUUUGAUGAAACGAACAAAGUUAAUAUAAAUGACGGUGAUUCCAAUUUAUGGGAUCCUAAAGAUAUGAGAGAACCAUCUGUAUAA